AUACUUUGAACAGCGAACGUUUGUUUAACAGGUUUGGAGCGAUAGAGACCAUAUGGGGUGGAGAGUGACGUCACACAGCCAAAAGAAAAAGGCUUAAUAUCUCAAACACCAAGCCAACUCACACGAAUGGCAUAGUUCUGGGGGGAAAAACCGGAAACACACACACACACACUCGCUCUCUCUCGGCUUAUAAAGGACCACGCUACAGAAGUCGGUGCAGCUGGAGGAGAGGAACGGAACGGAGGGAGCUUCUCCCCCAGAAAAAUGCUUGGAAGGAGAAGUCUCGCGCAUGUCACCGGGCGCAGUGCGGAUCAUUUCAGCGCUUAAAAAAAACUAAAAAUGUUGGACGGUGUCGUUUCUCUGAGCGCGUGCGACGCUCCGUUGCUGCAGCCCGUCUGGGACGGGAUCCGUGAGCGCUCCGGAGUGCGCGCGGCGCCGCUGUGGAGCGCGUGCCUGGCCUUCUCGGCUCACGUGCUGUUCUCGACGCUCUUCCUCGGGCUCGAUGUGCUCGGCUCGCGCGUGCCAUGGAUCAGUCGGUACAGGAUACACGGAAAGCCGGUCACCGUGCGCGACUGGUUUCGGUGCCUCGCGCGGAUUUCGUGGAAGUACGCGCUGUGCGUCUUGCCGGUGAGCGCGUGCAUCGGUUUCACGCAGACGCGCUCCGGUUUCGCGCAGCACGAGCGCGCGGCGGCUGCUGCUACUGCACCGUCGCUGCUCGUCGCGUGCUUGGAGUGUUUUUCGUGCUUGCUCGUGUUCGACACCUUCUUCUUCGUGGCGCAUUACACCAUGCACAGAAUCCCCUGGCUCUUCAGGAUCUUCCAUCAGCCUCACCACAUGAACAGACACCCUUUUGCACUCGCGGCUCAGGACUCGAGCAUCACGGAGCUCGUCUCUCAGCAGCUGCUGGCCGUGUGGAGCACCGUGCUGGUGGGCUGCCACCCGCUCAGCGAAAUCCUCUUCCACCUGCUCAACAUCUGGCUGGCGGUGGAGGACCACUGCGGUUACGACUUCCCCUGGGCUCUGCACAGGUUACUGCCCUGCUUCGGAGGGGCUCCUUUCCACCAGGCCCAUCAUCAGCGCGUUACAGGGAACUACGCGCCGUACUUCACACACUGGGACCUUAUAUUUGGGACGGCAAUAAACACGUGAACAGACGUUUACUUUGGAAAGAGCUGGAGAUGAGGAUAUGGAUUUAAAAAAAACCCAACUUGUGAAUGUUGAUUUGCACUAAGAUCACGUCCACAUGUCCAGCGUUUCAUUGUUUGGUCCAUGACUGCAGGAAACUAUAACAUGGCGAUUCUGAUUGAAAUCAUUGCAUUGUUUUGUUUAGUCAACUAGUCAAUUAGUCAACAUGUUGAGUCCCUGAAAAUGAAGCGUUUCAUAACAGAGAUAUUUUUGUGUGAGCAGAACAAAAAAACACCCUUGUGUGUUGAAAAAACGUGUUAGGACUCGUUUUAUCACGGCCGCUAAUCAGGCUGUUAUUUCAUGGUGUGUAAUUAUUUAUCUAAUAACAUGAUUGCAGUUGAAUUUCACUUUGUUUUAUUAUUACACCCUCAUGUGGAGAAUAUGAACGGUGUUGCACUGCUCCUGAAUCCAACGCUCAGACGCUACAAACCGCUGAGAAUGCAGAUUUCAGUCGCGUUUAAUUUGCAUUCGUUUAUAACCUUAAGCACAUUAUCAUCAGUUCACACGUAUACUGUAUUUAAGAACUUGCUGUUUUCCACAUUUCACCUUCUCUACCGCUCAGUACACAGCUAACAUUAUUCUUGAUGCGUUUGAGUAACAUUUAAUGACGCACUAGUGCACUGGCUUGCUCACGUGAGCGUUAUUUAAUCAGUUUUACAUUUUCACGUGGAUGGAGCUGUUUUCAAAAACGCACAUUCACAUUUCACGUGAAUGAGAUUAUUUUGAAGUGUAAAAAACCUGCAUUUUUUAAAAAUAUCUGUAUACCUGUGGGCGGAGCCUGACUAUAACAUCAGGAUCGUUAUUGUUCAUAAACUGAUCAAUUUUCAUGUAAUCUGUUUGCAGUAAAAGCUUUUUUUUGGGCGAUCCUAUCAAAGUUAUCCUAUCAAACACAGUCCAAAAAUUUUCCUUUUUUUCCCUCCAGCUAUUGCACUUGCAGUCUUUCCGAAUUUGAUGUGAAAACUGUGGACCUGGCAACCCCGGUGCUCCGUGUGGCACAUGUUUCACUUUAACCAAAAUUUCAGCCAGCUCUGUGAGAAUGCACACUCUGAAUUUAAUUUAUUCAGUUUUUUAAGUGAAUGUGAACACUUGGAGUAAUCACAGAAUGACGGACUCUUUGGAAAAGUCUUCUGAACAGGAAGUAACCCAAAGAAUGUUGAUUAAUCUGACCUUUAUAAUGACCUUGCUGUUAUAAUCACACGUGCCACAGCAUCAUCACUGUACAGAUAAAUCAGCUCGUGAGGUGGUCAUGUGAUCACAUCAGCAUGCAGUGAACAUUCAGAGUUGAAAAGAAACCUGUAAACUCUGUUGUCCUGCAUUAUUUAAUCUACAAGAGUUUUAUCUUGAAGAGACAUUAUUUUAUUGCAUACAGUACUGUGCAAAAGUCUUAGCCCCCAAUUCUUUUUUUAAUGCAAAUUUUAUUUUAGAUGUUUAUUUGAUAUCUUCUGCAUUAUUGCAUUAUACAUGAAAAGCAACUAUAUACAAAUAUAUAAAAAGUAGAUUUAGAAACACUAUUUUUUCCAAAAAAAAAAAUUCCGCAGCAAAACCUUUGUGUGCCAGUACAGAAAGUAUAAUAUAUAAAGAGUAACACUGUUAGCACGCUGAAGUGGAUUAUUUUUCUAUCUGGAGUGUGUUAUUCCGCUUAUACCACAGCGAUUCACCAAAAAUUACAAUGUUUACUUUAUUACUGAACUACACAUCACUAAUUUUAACGGUUUAUAGUUAAGAUUUAACGUCCAGGAAUGUCUUUUAUGUUGUAGCAGCUAUAAACAGUGUUAUCUAGUGUUAUAACAUGUUGCCUAGAAGCCGCCAAAGAAACGUAAACUCCUCUGUACUGAUGAUGUCAGAAAACGUAGCAUGUGACUGUUCCAAAGCGCUGACACUGGAGACUCCUUCCAUAAAUGUUAAACAAACAUCCGCUAUAGAAACGCUAACGUAUCAGAACGAGUGCAUUAAUAUAAACCUGCUGUUUACGUUACAACUGGAACGACUGUCUGAGCCAUGAUCUUAUACCAAAAUAAAGCACACAUUCUGACCAAUCAGAUUCAAGAAUUCAAAUGCGCUGUAGUGUAACACAUAAGAAACCUCUUUUCAGACAAACACUAAUGAAGGCUGUCAGGUUUCAGACAGAAGCAAGUGCAAGUCUCCAGACCUGUUAGAUUCUCCAAAACACUCACCAACAUACCAGUUCGUUUCUUUAUAAAACUGCGCAAAAAGUCUACUUGAAACUACUGAUACAGAUUUUAAAAGUAAAGGAUCGUCACACCAGAUAUUGACUUUGUUUAGUUUGUUACUGUUUACUGCUUUUUAUCGAUGUUUGGCUUGAUUUUUGAAGGCGUCACUGCUUUACAGCAUUGCUUUACAAUGUGCCUUUGGCUAUUAUAUAAAUAUUCCUUCAGUCUGUAAUGUAAAUGAUAUCUAUGUUUAUAUGCACUAAUGUCUGGAUAAAAGUAUAAUAAUAUAAUAAAUAAUAAUAAAAGUACAGGAUGUCCUGAAACUGUCAUGUUGUUGUACUAUAAUGUAUUGUUUAAAAGAGCCACUUUUUUCACACCACAGUUUAAAGAGUUAAAAUAUCU